CGUAAAGUCGUCAAUGACAAUUCGCAUUAGGCAGUAAUAAGUACAUUAAUUCUAAAAUAAAUAUUUUUAUUGUAAAAUCAUGUAAUUUGUUUCAAAAGGUACACGUGUAUAUUUGUCAGUGGGUAUCUUAAUUAUGUGAACAAAUGUACUAAAAGUUAUAUAUAAAUAUAUUUUUAAUGUUUUAGUUUUGUGUUUGCGAGGGACACGUAAGUCUCGUCGUGUUCUAGAAAAUUACAGAUAUUGGAUAAAAAUGGAUCAUUUAAAAGUGUAUAUUUUGUGGCUAUGUUUUGUGUUAUCGGCGGCUACGGCGCUCGGUCCCGAAAGUAAUAAGAAAGCCGAAGAUUCCUCUGAUGACGAUGAAAAGUCAUUGGAAAACUUAGAGUCGGAAACGCUUAAUGAUCCGGAAUAUUACAAUGAAUUAACUGAGGCUAUUAAUAAACAAAUAAUGUCUAUGCAAGAGUAUGCCGAUGCAGUCAGUAAAACGACGAGACUUCUAAAAAAGGAAGAAGAAAACAUAGAUACAUUAGAUCCUGUCCAAGCUGAUAAUAAAAUAGGGCAAAUGGAGUAUACUUUGAAGUUACUGAGGCUGAGUUUGUUGAAACAAACAGAGCCCAAUUGGAUGCCACCGAGUAAAGCGUCUAAUCUGCAGGAAAAUGAGUUUGAGAAUAUGGAAGAAAAUCCACAGGAUAUCUUAGACACAUUGCCUCCAUUACCCGAAGAGAAAGAAAUAGAAUUGUCGCCUGAAAUGAAAGAAGCAAAGGAAGUAUUCGAAGCAGCCAUGGUGAAAUUGGAUCGGAGAUCACCGGACCUUCGGGGAGCUAUACUUCAGGUGAAGCAAGCCGCGGAUUGGGGCUAUGUACCCGCUAAGAUCAAACUGGCUUGGUCGUAUAUUUACGGCGAGGGCGUCGAACUCGAUGUGGAAAAGGCUAAGAAGAUAUUUGAAGAGUUGAGUGAGGAAGGAAAUGCAGAUGCACAUGCGGGCCUGGGCUUCCUGCACGCGACGGGCGUGGGCGUGCCCGUGUCGCAGGCGCGCGCGCUGCUGCACUACACGCUGGGCGCGCUGGGCGACAGCGACUACGCGCAGAUGGCGCUGGCCUACCGCCACUGGGCCGGCGCCACGCUGCCCGGCUCGUGCCCCAGGGCCAUGGAGCUGUACAUGAAGGUGGCGCACAAGGUGGCGGCGCAGGUGAGCCUGAGCGGCGGGCCGGCCGUGCAGCGCGUGCGCCUCAUGGACGAGGCGGACGGCGCCGGCUCGGGCGCCGCGCUCGACACCGACCUCAUCGAGUACUACCAGCUGCUGGCCGAGCGCGGCGACGUGCAGGCGCAGGUCGGCCUCGGCCAGCUGCACUUCCAGGGCGGUCGCGGCGUGACGCUGGACCUCAACAAGGCGCUGCACUACUUCCAGCAGGCCGCUAAGACUGGCAACGCCGUCGCGAACGCCUUCCUCGGCAAGAUAUACCUGGAGGGAGGCGACGGGAUCAAAGCUGACAACGACACGGCUCUCAGGUACUUCAGGAAAGCUGCUGAACUCAACAAUCCGGUUGGUCAAAGCGGCCUCGGUAUUAUGUAUUUGCAGGGUCGAGGAGUGCCGAAAGACACGGCAACAGCGUUUAAGUACUUUGCGAUGGCGGCAAACCAGGGCUGGGUGGAGGGGCAGCUGCACCUGGGCUUUAUGUAUUUCGGAGGCAUCGGCGUCCGGCGCGACUUCAAGCAAGCCAACAAGUACUUCUCGCUCGCGUCGCAGUCGGGGCACGUGCUGGCGCUCUACCACCUGGGGCAGAUGCACGCGCAGGGGCUCGGCGUGCUGCGCUCCUGCACCACCGCCGUCGAGCUGUUUAAGAACGUGUGCGAGCGCGGCCCGUGGGGCGCGCGGCUGAUGCUGGCGCACGCGGCGUGGCGCGCGCGGGACUCGGACUCGGCCUUCCUGCAGUACCUGGCCAUGGCCGAGCGCGGCUACGAGGUGGCGCAGAGCAACGCCGCCUUCCUGCUGGACGAGGGCUCGGCGCGGGCGUUCGGCGCGGCGGCGGCGGAGCGCUGGCGCCGCGCGCUGCAGCUGUGGGCGCGCGCGGCGGCGCAGGGCUGCGCGGGCGCGCGCGUCAAGCUGGGCGACUACCACUACUACGGGCAGGGCACGCCGCGCGACCUGGACGCCGCCGCGCACCACUACCGCGUGGCGGCCGACACGCUGCACAGCGCGCAGGCCACGUUCAACCUGGGCUACAUGCACGAGCGCGGCCUGGGCCUGGCGCGCGACCUGCACCUGGCCAAGCGCUGCUACGACCUGGCGGCCGACGCCUCGCCCGACGCGCGCCUGCCCGCCGCGCUCGCGCUGGCGCGGCUGCACGCGCACUCCGCGCUCGAGGGGCUGCUCGAGUCUCUUUCGCAGAGUCCACUCGCUUUCAUCUUCCUGUCCGGUGAAUCGACGUUCCUUUCGAACUGGGACUUGUAUCUCAUCUCGGCCCUGGUGGGCGCUCUCGGCUUCGUGAUCUACCUCCGGCGGCCGAACCAGCCGGUCAACUGAACGAGUGAACGCAAUAGGGUCCCUCACUAAAUGAAUGUAGCAGUCAAAACGAUUCGAAGUCCAAACAAAAUGAAUCAAAGAAUUUUAUAGACAAAUGUGACUAAAAGUGUUUUGAAAAAUUUAGUGCAAUUUAAUUUAGUAACACGCAUAAGCAGUAAUUUAUUUAUUUCAAUUAUCGUUUUAUAAUAUUUUCAUCUGUAUUGUGUUAACAAUAUAUCAGUCAAGAGUCCCAAUGACAAUACAAGUUCCAUUACGAAUAAUUUUUAAUCUUUAAAUACUGUUUGAUAACUGUGUUACGAGAAACACUUUGUAAAUACAAAUAGUUAUAAUAAGUA